AUGUUUGGGAGAGCGCCUAAGAAAAGCGAUAGCACAAGGUAUUAUGAAAUUCUCGGCGUUGCCAAGAACGCUUCGCAGGAGGAUUUGAAGAAGGCUUACAAGAAAGCCGCCAUCAAGAAUCAUCCUGACAAAGGCGGUGAUCCCGAGAAGUUCAAAGAGCUUGCUCAAGCCUAUGAGGUUCUGAGUGACCCUGAGAAGCGUGAGAUUUAUGAUACCUAUGGUGAAGAUGCUCUUAAGGAGGGAAUGAGUGGUGGCGGUGGUGGUCAUGACCCGUUUGAUAUCUUCAGUUCGUUCUUUGGUGGAAGUCCGUUUGGUGCGAGUGGUAGCAGUAGAGGAAGGAGGCAGAGACGGGGAGAAGAUGUGGUUCACCCUCUGAAGGUCUCUUUGGAGGAUCUUUACCUUGGAACGUCUAAGAAACUCUCUCUUUCACGAAAUGUGCUGUGCUCAAAAUGCAGUGGGAAGGGUUCAAAGUCUGGGGCGUCAAUGACUUGUGCUGGUUGCCAUGGUACUGGUAUGAAGAUGUCCAUUAGGCACCUUGGUCCUUCUAUGAUUCAGCAAAUGCAACAUGCUUGCAAUGAGUGUAAGGGCACUGGAGAGACUAUCAGUGAUAGAGACCGAUGCCCUCAGUGCAAGGGAGAGAAGGUUGUACAAGAGAAGAAAGUACUUGAAGUUGUUGUGGAGAAGGGAAUGCAGAAUGGACAGAAGAUUACAUUUCCUGGUGAAGCUGAUGAAGCACCUGACACGAUCACUGGGGAUAUUGUGUUUGUCCUGCAACAGAAGGAACAUCCAAAGUUCAGAAGAAAGGCUGAAGACCUUUUUGUAGAGCACACCUUGUCUCUCACAGAGGCUCUAUGUGGCUUUCAGUUUGUGCUGACUCACUUGGAUGGUCGGCAACUACUUAUCAAAUCAAACCCUGGGGAGGUAGUCAAGCCUGAUUCGUUCAAGGCCAUAAACGAUGAGGGAAUGCCAAUGUACCAGAGGCCCUUUAUGAAGGGCAAGCUUUACAUUCAUUUCACUGUGGAGUUUCCUGAUUCUCUAAGUCUUGAUCAGGUGAAGGCUAUAGAAGCUGUUUUGCCAGCAAAGUCUUCAUCACAACAGUUGACAGACAUGGAACUGGACGAGUGUGAGGAGACUACACUCCAUGAUGUGAACAUGGAGGAAGAGUCAAGGAGGAGGCAACAAGCUCAGCAGGAGGCAUACGAGGAGGACGACGAUAUGCAUGGUGGAGCUCAGAGAGUACAGUGUGCCCAGCAGUAA